CAUACGUGUAAGGUCUCUCUCCGCCACGACUGGACGACGUUUUCUUCCACUGUAACAUUUGCAGACACAAUCAGUCCAUUAAUAAUGGCUACACCAGACGUUAAAUACACCAAGAUCUUUAUCAACAAUGAGUUUGUGGAUGCUGUUAGCAAAAAGACAUUUCCAUCRAUCAACCCUGCWACAGAAGAGAAGAUUUGUGAUGUUGCUGAAGGGGAUAAGGCUGACAUUGAUGCUGCAGUCAAAGCAGCCAAAGAAGCCUUCAAGCUUGGUAGUACAUGGMGGACAAUGGAUGCCUCCCAAAGAGGACGCCUCCUUUACAAGUUGUCCACACUCGUUGAAAGAGAUCAGGAGUAUCUUGCAAAACUAGAAAGUCUUGAUUCUGGGAAGAUUCUUAAUGAAGCUAAGAAUGAUAUCAGUACAGCCAUCAAAUGUCUGCAAUACUAUGCUGGUUGGGCAGACAAGAUUACUGGCCAAACWAUUCCUGCAGAUGGACCCUACUUUGUCUAUACUCGUCAUGAACCUGUUGGUAUUGUGGGUGGAAUUGUUCCUUGGAACUUUCCAAUGAUGUUAGCUACAUUGAAGCUGUCUCCUGCUCUGGCUUGUGGCUGUGUUGUUAUUCUGAAGCCAGCAGAGCAGACUCCUUUGACAACCAUCUAUCUGGCUAGUUUGGUGAAAGAGGCUGGAUUCCCACCAGGAGUUGUCAAUGUUGURCCUGGCUAUGGACCCACAGCUGGAGCUGGUAUCUCAGAGCACAUGGAGAUUGACAAAGUCACCUUCACUGGCUCUGUAGAGGUUGGUAAAYUGAUUGAGAAGUCAGCUGCUGAGACCAAUCUCAAACGUGUUGUCCUUGAGCUUGGUGGWAAAAGUCCCAACAUUGUAUUCACUGAUGCUGACCUUGACCAUGCUGUARRACAGAGUUUUAUUGGUCUUUACUCUAACCAAGGCCAGGUAUGCUGUGCAGGGUCCAGGGUUUUUGUCCAGGAAGGAGCUCAUGAUGCCUUUGUGAACAAAAUGGUGGAAAUGGCAAAAAAGAGAAAACUUGGGAAUCCUUUGGAGACAUGUACUGAACAAGGACCUCAGGUUGACACAGAACAGUUUAACAGAAUUCUUGAAUUGAUUGAAAGUGGCAAGACGGAGGGUGCAAAGUUGGAGUGUGGUGGUAGUCGUCAUGGAGAUAAAGGUUACUUCAUUGAGCCAACUGUCUUUUCUGAUGUUCAAGAUAACAUGAGAAUUGCCAAAGAAGAGAUUUUUGGACCAGUUAUGCAAAUCCUCAAGUUUAAGACAAUAGAUGAAGUGAUUGACAGGUCUAAUGCUACCAAAUAUGGUCUUGCUGGUGCUGUCUUCACCAAGGACAUUGACAAGGCCAUCACUAUUGCAAACAGUGUACAAGCAGGAAUUAUGUGGGUAAAUUGUUAUUUUGGUGGAAUMCCACAGGCUCCUUUUGGUGGAUUUAAGCAAUCUGGAUUUGGGCGUGAAUGGGGAGAGUAUGCUUUGGAUUCAUAUACUGAAGUGAAAACGGUGGUGGUUAAGCUUCCUCAGAAGAAUUCCUAACCAAAACGAACGGAAUGCAAGGAAAAUAGACAAGAUGGAAACGGAAAUGACAAGUAGGAUUUGAAACAAAAAGAAAUAUCGAAAAUAUAAUAAUAUAUAGACUGAAACACCAGUACAUUUAGGUGACUGAAUUGCGUCUGUGUAAAACGACGAAGACAAAUUAGUAUGUAAUAAAUAGUGUUUUCUACCGAUGAAUACCA